CUCUGGUCCGCCAGCCCCAGAUAGAAGACGCACGGAUUGGCUUCUGAGUGACGUGGACUAUUUACCCUAGGGUAGUGCCGAGCCGCCUCGAGUCCUGAACCUCGGGACAACCCAAAGGAAGCCACUUGCAUCCUCGUCCAUGUGGUAGCUUGUCCGUAGACGAUUACCUAGACCAUAGACUUUCCUCUCCAACAAAGACAGAAUUGCUCACCUCCCACCCACUGCAGCCUCGCAAGCCUUGAAAUAUUACCUCAACACUGACUGACCACACUAGAGCUCCACCCAGAGACUCUUGAUACUUCGUAGUUGGCUCAAACACCGAAGGCAACGUUAACACCUCUUUCUGUCCCCCCCAACAAUCCCAGAGACGACCGUUCAAGUCUUCAAAAAAUGGCCCCCCUCACCCCCCACUGGCACCGCCCUUCGCACCCGGACGUGCAGGAAGUCAUCAUCCUCGACGACAAGGAGUUCACCACAAAGAGCAUCUCGCGGGUCGACCUCCCGCCCUUCGGCCUCCUGGCCAAGAUGUCCUACCCGCCAUGCACAGAGGCCGACGCGCCGUCGUACGCCAGCGUCCAGAGCGGCAAGGACAAGCACUUCCUGCUCAACAGCGAUCUCAUGUACAUCAACCACUCGUGCGAGCCUAGCCUGAUCUUUGACACGGGCAACUCAAACAUCAUUGCCGGGCCGAACGGCCUCAAGAAAGGCGAGGAACUCACCUUCUUCUACCCCUCCACAGAAUGGCACAUGGCCCAGCCCUUCGACUGCCUGUGCGGCAAGCCGACCUGCCGCGGCCGGAUCAGCGGGGCCAAGGACAUGAAGCCCGCCCAGCUCGACGGGCUCUGGCUCAACGGGCACAUCCGUGAGCUGCUCGAGGAGCAGCAGCAGCAGCAGCAGCAGCAGGCGCAGCCAGCAACAACAACAACUACGACGACGACGAGCAACGGGGUGGUCGUCAGCGAGGACGACGAGACGGCCACCGCCCUCCGCGAGGCCCUGAGCCACGCGGAAAAGGGCGCCGACGCUGCUCGCAGGGCUCUCGACGCUUACAUGGCAGCCAGCGUCUCGGCCAAGAGUGCCCUGUCCUCCUCCGGGGCGACGCGGCGCGGGCCGACGUCGCGCGAGCUGAGCGGCGAGAUGGGGGGUGAUACGAAGCGCGGCGCUGCUGUUGCUGUCUGAGGAAGGAAAGGAAGGGGUUUGUUUUGAGAAAAUGGAGGAGCUGGAGAAGUAAGUAGGUGGGUGGAGUUGGCAGAGAGGUGGUGGAGGGGUUGCGUGGAUAUGUUUUCCAUGGAUUUGGUCUUUUCUGUUUUGUUUUGGUUUUGUGUGUACUCUGGUUGCGCAGGCCGUCCUAGGAUCGACCGAGAUCACUGGUCGUCUCUCUGUUGUGUAUGCGAACUGUCAUAUGCGUGGUCCAACACCUCGCGCUUGGUUUGUUAUCGAUGGCCUUGUCAACCACGGCUUGCUGCUUGACAGACUCUGUUUC